UAUUUUUUAUUUCGUAAUUUUUAUUGCCGUAGGUGAUUCGAGGAUAAAUAAUGACAAUAGAAUAGAUGCUUUUAUGAGUUAAAACUGACCACCUUGUAGAUAACAACUUUACGGGACUGAUGUAUUUUUUAUUGUAUUGAAAUGUGUGGGUAUAGAUCUGUAUAUACGUGUACGUGUAUGUGGGUAUACAUAACUCCGGGUACCUACACAACUAUUCAUUCUCGGUAGUUAAAUUCACCGGUAUAUGGGCACAUUGCAUGUACUGUAUAGAGAAGUGGAGGUACCUUCUGUUGCUGGUUGCUGGUGAUAUUCCCAUCCACAUGCACACGGUCACGAUACUCCAAAGUUGAUGGUGGUGUUGAAGAAAACACGACAAACUAUCACGCCGGGCGGUCACGCUUGACAUUUUUAAAAUGUUUUUCUUAAUUUAAUAUAUUUUUAACAAUUACUAUUGUUCGUUAUAGUUUUAUUGUCAACAAGCUUUUGUUAAUUGAAGACUUUGAUAAGUGAUUUUUUUUGUAAUUUUUAAAUAGUACUAUUGUGUAGUUUUUAACAAUGAAACAAAAUACUAAGGGUCACUGUAUUUUGAAUAUGAUGGAUUUUGAUGAACAUUCAUUAUUUUACGAUAACGAGUACCCAUUGCCAGCGGACGAUUUUUUACAAGCAUUGAGUUCUGACCUUGAGAUUCCACUACUUUUAAAUGGCGAAGGAUCGCCUGAUCGCGAUGAAAGUCCUGACGAAAUAAUAAAAGGCGCAGCAUUGAAUUCAUUAUCUAAUUUUGAUAAAUUCGAUAACGGUUAUCAUGAAUUCGAUGAUGUAUUUUCAAAUAUCAACGAUUCGGAAUUGGACAUCAAUAAUGUACCGAAAAAUAUUAAACGUGAGCCAGAAAAUUUGCAUUUUCCUCCAUCACCAAGUCCCAGUCACUCGGAAUCAAGUAACGGCGGCUCUGAAUGGCAACAAGACAAUCAAUACAGCGUAGCAGCAUCAGAAAAAUUUAGUUUAGACACACCACCAAUAUCACCUCCAGAAACAGAUUCUCCGCCAGUAUCACCGCAACCAGAACAGCCAUCAGCUAAAUUGCCAGUACUUCAUCCGGUUAAAUUAAUUCCGUUGAAUGCCCAGGAUGUUAAUUUGUCCCAAAAUCGAGCUAAAUUUGUCCUUUCUAAAGGCAAUACGGCGAAACGAGUAUGCAUUCAAACGAUAAAGCAGUCAACACCUUCAUUUUCUUCCUCAACAUCAUCAUCAUCAUCAUCAUCCUCAUCAUCAUCAUCAUCAUCUUCAUCGUCAUCGUCGUCAGUAUUAUCAAACGGCAAUGGCGAGCCGCGAAAAAUGAUAGUGCUUAGCGCUCAAGAUUUCGCGGCAUUAACUAAAAAUGUUUCUCAAAAUCCAUCACUAAGGCCACCAUUAAAAAUUCAAACUCUGAAACGUAAACAAGAUAGCAACAUGAACAGCUUUAAUUUACAACCAACCGGCGAUUUGAAGCAAACAAUUGAAUUACCGCAAACAAACCACAUUAAAAUACUUAAUCCGAUACCAAACAUACCGGUUGUUAAAUCAGAACUGGUAAUAAAUGCUCCACUCGACCAUGAAGAUGUUAAAACAACAACACCGGCGUUAUCGGCUCAGCCAUGCACGCCGAUCGUUAUUAACCACGCUGCUCCCGCGAAUAGUCCGGCAAUAGCUCCGAUUUUGAUAAAAACUGAAAUGUCGGAUAUUAAUCACUUGACAGCGCGCCAAGAGUCCGAGUUAAAAGCGUUCAAGCGUCAGCAGAGGAUGAUUAAGAAUCGUGAAUCUGCUUGCUUGUCUCGCAAAAAGAAGAAAGAGUAUGUGACGUCUCUGGAGAGACAAAUUUCGGAUUUGAGAGACGAAAAUAAACAAUUAAGGAUGGAAAACUCAUUAUUGAGACAUCAAUUGAAAUUAAAUGAUGACAAUCAAUCGUUAUUUAGUUCAAAUAAAUUAAGUACUUUAAAACAUGGAGUUAGUAAGAAAAAUACUGCGAUACUUUUAGCUGUUUGUUUAGUCUUCUCUAUAAACUUGCCUGGGUUCAAUGGAAUAUUUUCCUCUGGCAAAAAUCAAUUAGACGUUUUAUCUAAUUCUAAUUCACCAGCUGUCGUACCAAAUGUCAGGCACGGCAGGUCUUUGUUGUGGUCCACUAAUACAAAUAAUAAUAAUAAUAAUAAUAAUAAUAAUAAUAGUAGUAAUAAAAAGUCACCACUAGAAGUAUUAGCGUUAGCAGCAUCACUAGCUAAUCCACGCGAAUUCGAAUUGCCAAGAGAAUUAAGACUACCAAUAACAUUUCCCGGUACCGACAAAGUUGACGUAGUAGCUGGUAAACGUGGUAAACACCAAGGAACAUCUUCAAACAAUGGCAAAAGUCAUUGUUUAGAUUCAAAUUUAAUGGUACCAUUGCCAGCGAGAUUGUGCUAUGAGUGUGGCAAGAGUUGUAAACGUGCUCCACUUAUAGCUUGUGAUUACUGUCCAUUAUAUUUUCAUCAAGACUGCUUAGACCCACCGUUAACGGCCUUUCCAAGUGGUCGUUGGAUGUGUCCGAAUCACCCGAAUCAUUUUAUUGACCAAAAUCUGCUGCAAUCAUGCAAUGCGACAGAGCGGUUAAAAUUGUGGGAUCAAUUUGCUACGCGUAGAAUCGACCAGCAUGCGGUUAAAUUGGAGUUUUUACGCAAAGUACGAGCUGUUAAUCCACCGUUUAGAGUUAAAUUGACCUCUAAUGGCCGGAGUAAAGUUAAAGUACCGACAAUGGUUAAGUAUUAUUAUGCUAAUCCAGUAGAAUUAAAUACUAUAAACUCGUACCGAGUUAAAACACUUAUAAGGCCGCAUAUUGAGAACCCGGCAGAUAUAAAUAAUGAAAAAAGUAAACAAGUUAAUGGAGAUGACAGGCGUGAUAAUUGCUCAAAUAAGUCUAGUGAUGAUGUUAAAGCAUCAAAUGGUAGUAAAGAAGACAAAAAGGAAGAUGAUAAGACAGAAAAUAUGGAAGUUGAUGACGAAAAACCACUAGAUCAAUUAAAUGAUAAUAUUUAUACCGAUAAUUUUAAACAAAAUUUAAGUUACAGUAAUUUUAGAACAGGCCAUUCUAUUAAAGAAGGAGUUCAACUUCUUGAGCGACCUGUUCUUGAAGCGUUAGCGCAACAAAGAUUGGAGCAAAUAUUGAAUCCAUUUCACGACGACUACCGGAUAGUAAAUGACAAGUACGAAGCCAGAGCCGCGCUGUUUCCGCUGAGCAGAAAGCCUGGCCCUCCGGCUUUGAUGGUCAGCAGAACUAUGACCAUUGGUACUGGAGCUAACUGCGACGUUUUGCUGUCCAGAUAUGGAAACUGCGAUUGCGUAUCGCCAAAGCACGCUGUUAUUUUUUUCGACGACAGUACUAAGAGAUACGAAUUACUGAAUUACAGCGAGUACGGCACGACUGUUGACAAUGUUUUUUACUCGUGUGACUGCACUAGCUUUUCGGCAAGACGCAGCAAAGAAGGAGAUGUACUCCCAGACAAUUGGAAACCAUAUGGAGCAUUAAAAGAUUUAUCGAGUAAUAAAUCUAACGGAAACAAAGUGUCAUGUAAAUGUUCAACAGAUGUUGAUCUUGAAGAUCUUAACCAAGUUUACACCCAAGCCGGCUGGGAAGGCAGUGCUACCGUUGCUCAUGGUUCUAUUCUUACUUUUGGGUGUCUUGUUUUUGUUUUUAGUACUGUUGCUGUGCAAUCGAAAUAUUGAAAUAUCCUUUUUUUAGUUAAGGGGUUACGUGGGUUUCAGAGGUUCAAAAAAAGGGUAUUUUUACCAUUUUUUUUUUUUAAUAUAUACAAUCAUAUAUUUUAUUCAAACAAUUCAGCAUAUCAAAGAUACAUAUUUAAACAGUAUUGUGUGAAAUUUCUAUUUAAUAAUUCCGAAAACUUAGCCGUUGGUACUUCAUCUCUCUUGGCGGCUAAAAAAAAAUCCUCUUGCCGUGGACAGCAUAACUCAUUAUUGGUUCAUCUAAAA